AUGUUGUUCCACUACACCACAGCACCCCUGCCUGGCCGAUGCAGCUGGGGCGAUAUGCUCAAAAGACAAAAAGUUGAAAUUGACUCCAAUAUCACCAACAGCCAUGAAGUGUAUGGGGAAUGGGAAAUGUUUGUCCACCCAUCGGGAGCAGUUUACUAUUACAAUGAGACAAGGAAUACGUACACUGGAUUGAAUAUCAGGGACUGUCCAACAGUUCGGCUGGAGAAAUUCGAGGCCUGGGUAAAAGCAAUGCGAGGCAAAGACAUGUUGGAGAAAAUCAUCAAUAGAUUGGCCAGCCUUGGUUCUGAUGGUACUAUAACGGAGCCAGGUGUUGCAUUGUUUGGUGAUUUCAAUACUCAUCUCAUCGACAACAGGCAGACUAUACCAUAUGUUACACAACCUGAAGCACGCCUCUUGCGAAGCCAUUCAAUGGGUUGCUGUCCCAGGAAGAUAGAUUAUUUCCCCUUCAUAGCAACAAUUGCGAUGUUCUGCCUUCCCAUCUUGGUCUGUGAGCGCCUCAACCAAAUCUAUGUUGAUGGCACUGUCAAUGCUCUGGACAUCAAGACCUUUGUUGAUGAUUUCAGCUCCCAGAACACAGCACAAAUUACCCUGGCAGGGGUCAUCAUGGCGGUUGAUGCUGGUUUCCUUGCUGUCCAAGGUGUAGGUACAGGGACGAUCACUGAGUCUAUCUUGAAGGGAUCCAUUAUCUUCUGUGUUGGGUGUAUUACCUGGAUCAAGGAAUGA